AUGAUUAAUGUGCAAUUAAUUGAUGAUUACCUUACUGAUAUUAAAGUUUCAGAAAAAAGAGGCUGCAAGUACGUUUGUUCUACUGUUAACAAGGGUGAGGAGCAAAAGAAAUUGAACGUGCUUUCUAAUAAAGUGUUUGUUAAUGCCUUAAACAACAGCGGGCGCGCAUGCCUUCUUGUUUCAGAAGAGCUUGAAGAUGCUAUUUUUGUAAAGCCAAAACAGCAUAAAAAAUACAUUGUUGUAUUUGAUCAUUUGGAUGGAUCCUCAAAUAUUGAAUCCGGUGUUUCUAUUGGAGCUAUCUUUGGCAUUUACGCAGCAAAGGACAAAGAUAAAGUUACACUUGAUGAUGUCUUGCAACCUAGGAACAAAAUGUUAGCAGCUGGUUACUACAUGUAUGGUAGCUCUUGCAUGGUAAAACAAAACACCAAUCUGAUGAAUUGUUCAUUCUGGAUAUGUCAAGGAUGUGGUCUUGAAAUUAAACCCGUUUCUCACAAAUUAAAGAACAAGAUAUUGGUUUUUGUUGCUGCUGGAGUCAAGCUCUAUGAUCUUCAGGAAUUGGAUCAAGAGAGUGAGAUUCCAUCGUCAAAAGAGUUAGGAAGUAGGUCUUAUGGAGUAGCGUGA